UCAGUGUGCACCCCCUUUCUUCAUAACCAUUGCUAACCCUGAACAGGUACACAAGUAAUAUGGAACUGCAAGUUGAGUUGUCAUCUCAACUCGCAUCACCACUAUUGAUGUACUUUCCAGCCCUUUCUGCCACCAGUCCCUGGAGGGUGGCGCCCACACCCAGACAUCCUUUUCCCAUCAUCAUACAAGUGGGGAAUGAUGGGAUCUCCACCACCUUCGUCUGUGCCGCAAGAGUUCACACUAAGAGGCUGGUCAAGACGUCGGUCUGAGGAACUUUGUUUCUGGGUUCCUUGGACAUACCCUUCUCACCAUUCUGAAAUGCUCAAUCUUCUAAAGCUCCCCCAUGGCGACUUUGAAGCUUUGUUAAUAGGGAAGGAUGAGGUGGUUCUGUUUCGCAUUGGGUCUAUGUUCGACUUGUGGGAUCCUUUCCCUUCUUCCGUGUGCUGGUUUCCUGGAAACUGGACGCUUUCCAGCUUCCUCAGCGAGCUCAGAGGCGAAGGCCUUCCUCCUGCUGUUUUCUUUGGUGACCCUGAUGGCGAUGAGGAAACAUUUGAGGAACAUUUUAGGGGGUGGUACACAUUAGGAAGGCUUUUUGGGGCUGUUGACACAUUUGGGUAUGGUUAUGAUGAGGUUUUUUGUGAAGCACAUCUGCUCACUGGGGAGGAGCACUGACACAUCACUGUUAUCAUUUGCAUCCAAAUUUAUCAUUAAUAUUGUUUUCCGAGUGCAAUUGCUAGCUUGGUUAUAAGGCAAUUGUGAUGUAGCGCUCAGCCGGAGAUCGGGAUAUUCAAGCGGGGCAAGAUCUCUGCAUGACAUUGUAACCAUGCAGCACACGCCUGUGGAAAUGGCGGGGACAACCAGAUUUCCAUGCUAUUUCCCACAGUAGA